AUGGCCUCUUCAAUUCGCGCUGCCGCUAAAAUCGAUUGGUCAAAACUUACAGUCUCUUUAGGGUUAAAGAAAGAAACCGUAGCUGCACUCCAAGCCUUUCGUAAACGUAACGAUGAGGCAAGAAGAGUAGUCUUAGCUUUAAAAGAACAAAAAACUGACAUCGACUUUGAACAUUAUAGAUCGACUUUAAAAAAUAAGGGUAUUGUAAAUGAAGCCGAAAAAGCUUUAAAAUCCUUUAAACCUGCUAAAAUUGAUCUUAUUGAACAAAUGAAAAUUGUUGAAAAUGUCGAGUCAAAAGCGGUUGAAAAUGCAAGAAAAACGGUGGCAAGAGUUGAUGAAGAAUUGAAAAAUUUGCAAAAUACACUGACCAAUAUUGAACAUACAAGGCCAUUUGAAGAUAUUACUGCAAAACCUGAGAUUAAUGAUAUCGUAGAAAAAAUGGUUAAAAGAGGUCAAUGGGGUGUUCCCGGUUAUGAAGAAAAGUUUGGAUAUGGUUCCUAA